AUGGAGCAGCCGGAAGAUGUAGCGAUACACGUGAAGAAAGAAGGUAGCCGAACGGUUAUCGAAGUGAAAGGCAAGCACAUCGUGCUUAGCGGAGUUAAGCCCCGCAUAGAGCAGCUUUUAUCUAGCUCCACUGCCCAAGAGGUUCAUAUUCUUGCCGGCACAAGUCUUAGCAUUGAUGCGGAUCUUUCUCGCGAUGUAUGGCAUGGACUUAACUUGGUUGUUCUAGCAAACGAAAUCACAGUGCCCAGCACGAUUACCUGGGAUGUGUCUGGGAACGAUAGCAAUCAUAACUACGCGGCCAACGCUGGUACUAGUGAGGAUGGGCACGGAAAAGAUGGGAACGAUGGAUAUCCGGGCGAAAGUGGAGGGAAUGUUUUGCUACUGGCGAACGCUAUACAAAAUCCGGAACAAUUAACGAUCAUUUCAAACGGCGGUAACGGUACUUGCGGUCAGGACGGCGGAGACGGAGAGGAUGGAGUCGAUGGUAAUGGUAUUUCCAGGGCAGAUUUUGAUAGAAAUUUCCAACACUGUUUGUUUUGGAAAGAUAUUGAACGAAGAGCACGUGUACAUAAAAUUGUAAAAAAUAUGAUGGAUUUGGCCCACAGCGUAAAGACACAGUGGGCAAAAGUAACGUAUACGUUUGGUAAUAGUGAUACUUACACAAGCAAUGUACUGGAGCUACCAAUAAAAACGUUCCAUGAUUAUUUGGACAUGUACGUAGAAGUUGUAACGCAAAAUGGAAGUGAAAUAAUAUUUUCUUUGUAUGAAGCUGUAGGAAAAGCUCACUCAUUCUUUGUAUACAAAGGAUCACCAGGUGUAAAAGGCAAACCGGGCGGAAUGCACGGAUUAGGAGGUCAGGGAGGUUUUCCCGGAGAGAUAAUCGUGAAACAUUUACACAAUGAACGUGCGUUUGAAAUUAAAACGUGCAAAAAGGGGGGCAAAUAUGGCGAUAAUGGUAAGGGUGGCCUGUGUGGAAAGCACGGCAAGAAUGGUUGGGAUAUGGGCUAUUUGGGCUGGUUACUCUCCGAACCAACAAUAUACGGAAGAGAUGAAAAUAGCAAACUUCAGGUAUCUUAUUACAAAGAAGAUAAUCGAGCAUCAAGCCGAAUCAAGUGUCCGUAUAAGGCAAUUCACAGCAGCUACUUGUACGUUGAGAUUAACGAAUCGAAAAUCGAUCAUCUAUCGCAGAUUGAAUUUAGGGAAAGGAACAACAUCCAGGCACGUGUCGAAAGACAACAUCAUUCGCAAGUGGUAGGAAAGAAAUCCAUUCUGGAAGUGAAAAUUCGUGCUGAAUUUGCUGCAUACUUGCAAUUGAUCGCAACACAAAAGCAGCGAUUAGCACAACAGCAAAUAGAACAAGAGGAAUCAGCAAAAGAAACAGAAAGCUCACAACUAGUGAAUCUCUCAAAAAGUGAGCAGCAAUUGGCGCAAAAGUUAAAAGAAAAUGGGGAAUACGAUGCCCUUCAGCAAACAGUCGAAGGCCAACACACAGAUCUUGAACGGGCCACGGAUCCAUUCAUUAAACGCUUCGUCAAUUUUACUCAGGACACAUCUAUCCACAAACAAUUUUCUUUUGUUGAGCUUCAUACCAUGACGAAAGAUACGGAACAAAAGAAAAUGAUUGAUAUUCUGAGCAAUAACUUGAAUCUAGACGACUGGCUACAGCUACAGGCCCAAGUUAUCAGUGACCAGCAUGAGCUGGAGUCCUUAAUCAAUCUUUUGGUGACUUGUUUUCCUCAUUUUAAUACGUUGGUGGAUGCAAAUGACAAAGCAAAGGUACAAAUCAUUGUGAAAACCUUAAAACUGAAGCAUUUAUUUGCAGCCUUAAACAAAAAAACACACGAUCUGGCGACCUAUCAAACAAAUGUUACUAAUUUCGAAUUAACAGCAGAGAGUAUAAUUAGAUAUCUGGAAGAAACGGAGGAAAAGAAUGAUACUUUUCAUCAUCCCAUGCUUGGCAGUUUUAGGAAAUACAUUUUUGAGAACUCCCUAGCACAGCGAGAAAACAUUGCCCAAUUUGUAGUAAAACUAUCGAAUAGUAGCGACGAAGCGAUCAAACGUGCUGUUGAAACAUUCAUCUUGGAAACAGGCGGCACAAAAACAGAAAAUGAAGUGGUGAAACAGUUUUACAAUGAGUACCAUGAAUUUCCAAAGAAGCAGCAAAACAAUAUUGACGCUUUAACUGAAUCAUUAGCUACAGAACUAAAGAAAUCAAUGCAUCAGGAAGCAUUCCGUUUGUGGAAUGAAAGCGUUGGUGGCGAUACUUUGCCUGCAGAUCUAGUAAAGAUGAUCAGACAAGAUGAAAAGUUAAGCUCACUGUACGAUAAACUAUUACUUGAGAAAAAUACUGAAUAUGACUGGGAAAGAUGUAGCUCAGAUAAAAAAAUACAAGAAAUAUUCAAGAUCAGCAUAGAACAGGAAGGAAUCACGGGUAAAAGUUACAGAGUACUACUGGCGUAUACGUAUGAUGUGAACAUUCGGGUGUAUGCUAAAAAUGAGGACAAUGAAAUCGUUCUGAUAGAAGAUCAUAAUCCAAAAUCCGCAACAGUGAUACAUAUCUUACAAAAAGAAAACGAAUUCAUUCAACUGAAAGACAAUGAAAGUUACCGCCAACUAGAAGAAGAGCGUGUGCACAAAGAUAAGAUUUAUCGGCAUAUGUUGACGGAGAUUGAUGCUAUGCAGAACAUGAAGGAUUACUUUUAUCAAAAAAUAUCCUAUCUAUACGGUAACAGUGAUGAUAAUGCAAUCGAGAAAUUAGAUGAAAAUAUAGCAAUUGAAAAGAUUGCAGCAUUUUUUUCAGAUGAGGAAAAAGACCAAAUUGCUCAACGUCUGAAUACCAUUUCAUCUCAGUAUACUAACCAGUACAGAGUGUUCGAUUACAUGUUCCAGCGUUUUUCUGUUGAAGGAAGACAUUUGUCAUCAAACGAACUGUGUUUCUUAAUCGACUCUAUACUUGCUCACACUGUUGAAGCAAGGCAAGAAAGGUACACCUUUUCAUGGAUUGUUGCAGCAUACAAUCAGUGCAAUUGGACAGAUGAGCUGGUGUUGCUGCAGCUGGAGAACUGCUACAAGAGACAGCUGCAGGAAAAGCCCAAAUGGCGCAAGUACAUGUCAAAAAUCGAAAAUAAGGCAGUUUUGUUAGUGUUUUCUGUUCAGUUUACUCGUAAGCCUUGUCCUCCGCAGUGUGUUGAAGAUAUCUUGUACCUGUUGAGUAACAUACCGAUAGAAUCGGUUUGUCUAGAUGAACUGGAGCUAACAGAGUGGCCUUAUGUGCUUAAGGAGUGCUAUUGGACACAUAAGUUGAAAUCCCUCCUAACAUGGGAUAAUGAGUCAGAAGGAUUAAUUUCUGCUUCGUUCUUCGUUCUGUCCAUAGAGAACACGUAUGGAAACAAGUUGAUGCAGAAUUUAUUUGAAUCGUUGGUGGAAAAGCGCAGUGAGCUUACGCAUUCUAUGUUAUUAAACGUGCUAUCUUGCUUUCAUAAACAAAAGUGGAACUUGUGUGUUGAUGAUCUUAAUGUUUUAAAACAGAGUAACUUGUUUGAAUGGAUUCAACACAUGGAAACAAAGUACAAGAAAGAUUUAAAAGAACUCAAUAUUUCUCAGAUAGUAACAAUCAUUAGAGGCAAUGAUAAUACGUCAAGUAAUAUAGUAAAGCAUUUGUCAGAAAUUGAACAAUCGGUAGCAAAUAUUCAACACAAUAGCAAAACCAUUAAUGCGAGCUUUAUAUCUAACUUUUUAUCCAAUGAUGUUGAGAAAUGGGCUGAAGAGUUCCAAAGCAGUCAAAAUAUGCGAUGUUUGGAAAAGUACGAGGAAAUGCUCGCUGUAAUUGAUAGGGCAAUUGAGCUUAAGAGAGGCUUUCAGUUACGAAACACUCAGCGACUAACGGUGUUGGCAUUGCUGACGAACCAUAACAGCACUUUGGCCCAAGUAUCGACCGGUGAAGGGAAAACGGUUAUUGUGGUAGCGAUCGCAAUUAUAAAAGUACUCUUUGGGGAGAAGGUAGACAUUAUCACCAGCUCGUCGGUACUUGCCAAACGCGAUGCAGACGACAAUAAGGACAUCUACGGAUUGUUUGGAAUUAGCGUGUCGCAUAACUGUAGCGAAAAAAUACAAGAACGAAAGGAAGCUUACUCUUCGAAUCAGAUAGUUUAUGGAGAUUUGGGUAACUUUCAACGAGACUAUCUGUUGGACAGAUUCUAUGGAAAACGUAUAUUGGGAGAUCGUAGCUUUGAAAAUGUGAUAGUCGAUGAGGUGGACAGCAUGUUGCUCGAUAAGGGAAACAAUAUAUUAUAUUUAUCGCAUGACAUUGCUGGUAUGGAUAAGCUGGAAUCGGUAUACUUGUAUAUUUGGCAAAUGGUCAAUACUCCGACCGAUCUUUCGGAAGAUGAACUCGUGAAAGAAAUCAAACAGUCGUUGUUGAGUGACAUGUAUACACUCAUCCAGAAAGCGGAUAUCCAGAAGCUUAGCAAAAGUUUGGGAAAAUCAAAUGUAUUGGAGCUAUGGGAGAGAUUAAUCAAGUCUGGAAUAAUAAAUGAUUCAGGAAGAUUACAGACUCAAGCUAUUGAUUCCAACAAACUAGAAAAGCUACUUUCCCCAGAUUUCACACAAUACAAAGAUCGUCUAAGCUUCUUCAUUUGGUCACGUAUAGAUCGUGAAACGAAUGUUAAGGUACCCAAUUUUCUCAAAGAAUUUGUGGAGAGACACUUGGACAGUUGGAUAUCCAGUGCCUUAACAGCGCUGUACAUGGUCCCGGGACAGUACUAUGUGGUGGACGUCUACAGAUCGGGAACAAGUGCCGACCGUAUUGCAAAUGUAAUUAUUCUCGACAGGGAUACGGGUACUGAUCAAGUUAGCUCGCAGUGGGAUGAAGCGUUGCACCAAUUUUUGCAGCUUAAGCACGGAUGUAAGCUGUCAACCCAAAGCCUGAAGGCAGUUUUCAUUUCCAACGUUACAUAUUUGAAGAAAUACAAACUGCUGUAUGGAUUGACAGGCACGUUAGGAUCACAAAGAGAAAGACAUCUGCUUGAGGAGAUACACCAGGUAGACUUUGUCACUGUCCCCACUUUCAAAUCGAAACAAUUUGAAGAAUAUGAACCCAUCAUUUGUUCUGGCAAAGAUGACUGGUUAAAACAAAUACACCAAGAGGUAAGUAAACUGACCAAGACUGAUAAAAGAUCGGUCCUGAUCAUUUGUGAAACAAUCCAAGAUGUAGAAACAUUGCAAAAGAAUAUAGCUUCUAAGGGGCACACAAAAGUUCGCAUUUAUGUACGCGAUUAUGAGAAAUUAGAUGUUACAAAGGGUAAACUGAUACCGGGAGAAGUUAUCAUUGCCACCAACUUGGCAGGUCGAGGCACAGAUAUAAAAAUAUCCGACGAACUUGAAGAGGCCGGAGGAUUACACGUGAUAUUAUCAUACCUUCCGGCGAACAUUCGAAUCGAAGAGCAAGGCUUUGGAAGAGCGGCUAGAAAGGGCGAAAGGGGAUCGGGACAGUUGAUAAUAAUGGCAGAUGGUAGAAAAGCGAAUCUUUCUAUGAUAUUUACCCUGAAACAAAAACGUAAUGUCGAUGAGCUUUUCCGCUUAUCAGCUAUAAAAGCUUAUUACAAAACAACGAUUAAAACAGAAGAGAAUUGUUUUGAAGCAUUCAACGAGCUGUACGAGAAAAAAAUGAAACUUUUAGCUAAUGCUGAAACGCCAGAGCCGGUGAAGGAUAUUCUGCUCCAAAGUUGUUUGGACAGAUGGUCGUUUUGGUUAGACGAAAACAAUGUACAGAUAGGAAAAGCAUCAGAUGAGGCUUCCAAGCGGGAAGUAAAACAGCGACUGAAACACUUUCUAUUGCAAUUUGAUGAUCUGAAAGCAACAAGCGCAAACAAUUGGGCAGCUUGGGUUGAAGAAAACCCAAUGCAAAUGAUAAAAUUGGGAAAAUAUAUUUCUGAACACGAAUCAGAGCAUCGCGAUACAGCAUUGCAACUGUUUGGGAAAGUUAUCUCGAGUGAGCCGUGUUUUUGCGAAGCCGCCUAUUACUAUCGUGCAUAUACACGAUCACUUGACAACAUGAACAUAGGCGACUUCAAAAAGGAUUUGCGUUUGGCUGGUAAGCUCUUUGACGAUCAUAUACAGUGCAAAGUUUAUGCAUUAGGCAUCGUAAGUAAACAAAAGGAUACCGCUAUAUUGAAGAAUACCACUACAGUAAGGAAUACCAUGAGUGAGGACUAUGAAAAGCAAAAUAAUAGCCUUAUUAAUCUAUACUCACUGUUCAUACGAUCAAUAGACGAUAUGUUGGGCCAUUCUAUAAGUCCCGAAUCAUUUGUAAAUUAUGAAAUAAAGGAGGAUGUGGCUGGAAUAAUCUUUGAGGAUCUUGUACGAAUCGGCUUGAUAAAAAAGGCUGAAGUAGUCAGUAACGUACCAAAUGAUCAGAUGCACAGAAUUCACAACGAUUACGGGAUUUCUGUAGAUCAAUUGAAUAAGUUCCUAGACCAGCAUAAAGGACCUAUUGAUGAGAUAGUAUUCCUCAAAGCUAUUCGAGAAUCAUUCUCAUUUCCAAGCAGAAUCGAAUUUUGGAAAGAGCUCAUCAAUCAAAAGGUGCUACAUAGUGUUGAAAGGUAUGUUGUAGUAAAUGAAGAACGGCUCAAAAUAAUGGAUCCUGCUCUAAUGAACGUUCUAAAGAAAAAGAUAGACAAAGGAGAUCUGUCGAAAGAAGUUGUUAAUGUAGGCAAGUGUGAGAUAUUGUUGAUUGCCGAAGCACAGUCACAGUUAUACUUUGAAAAAGAGAAAUUCAUUGAUAUGAUCGGUAGAAAGAAGUAUAACUCUCUCCAAGAAAAUGGUUUACUGUCAUUCAAUGAAAGGGCUACCAUCGAAAAAGGUAGAAUUGAUGGCUGUGUGUUCUCUGCAUUUGAUUCUAUAACAGUUCAUGAUAUUACCACCAAGACACGAAUUACCACUCGUGAAGCUAUGAUCAUCAUAGACGAGCUACUUGCGCAAAAUGUUCUAGAAAAGAGAGCCGAGAGUUUUGCUCUAACAGUUAAUAAUGACGACACCCAGGAUGUCUUACUUCCUUCUUUUCCAGUGUAUGAGGAUGUCGUUAGAAACGUCCUUGCUUCAUGUUUUGCUUACAGACUAGCUCUGAGAAACAUUGCACGACAGCUAGAAGAGGAGGAGAGUUCUGACAUUCGCAUUGAAUUAAAACUUGAUCCUUAUCGGAUGUUUUUCAACGAUCUAUUACAGCAACAGAUAAUCCAACCUCCUAUGCUUUCCCACGAGGAGAUUGAUGGAAGCAAGUUGAAAGAGCUGUACGGUAAAUCAUUGUCGAAAGGGGCAUGGAAAAGCGUACUUUCUAAGGAGAUUGGUUUGAGCGUGGAAUAUACCGAGAGUUUGUUUGGCGUGUUGCUUGAGAAACGAUGGAUUUUUUCGCUAAAAGAUGAUAAAACAUCAGUUUUAUUCUAUAAACCAUGUUCUAAAAGCAAUCGGGCAAGUAUUGCUGAUCUAAAUUCCGGCAUUGGUAAAAUUCAGGAGGAACAUGGCCUCGAUGAGUCGUACGACGUUGGUUUCGCAGUUGAAAAAUGGUUUAACAAUCAAUUACUGUUAAGUGAAAGUACAACUGCUGAACAUAUUGAGAAUGUGUUAAGAAAGUCAAAAUCCUCCAUUUUAGGAUUAAAUGUUCCGCAAGGCACGCUGAAAUCGAUCAUGGACUUUUAUGGUAAAGGAAACUUUGGAAGCAUCGAUGAGAUGCGCAUCAUUAUCACAAAUGGAUUAGAGCAUCUGUUAGAGCUAGGAGAGAGAAAAUGGACCAUAAAAAUGAUACUAAAUACCUCACUGGUUUUAGCCAUUGGUGUAGCACAGAUAGCAAUUGGCGCUAUAAUGGAAGUGUACUCGGUUGGACUUAUGACUCACGCAGCUAGUUCAUUGAUUAGUGAAGGAGUCAACGACAUCAUGUACGCUGUCGAUGCUGCCGUAUCUGGUAAUUUCAGUUGGCAAGAUUACGCAAAUUAUAAAUGGAAAAGUGUAGCCUUUUCGAUUUGCACGGCAGGUGUGGGAAUGUAUGUGUCUAAAGGUGUUAAACUGAGCCGAAUAGGAUUGAAAAUAGUUGGACCAAGUCUCGAGUACGUUGGCAAACGGGUUGCCGGCAAGCAGCUUAUCAAAACAGCUUAUCGGAUGGUGGUAAAAGCGACCGCCAAAAGCAUGGCGUUGAAAACUGCGAAAGGUGUCUCAUUUGCUUUGAGUAAUACUACUAAUGAUAUGAUUGUUGCCGACUAUCUGCAAACUAGACUAAACUCUGUAGCAUUAGAAAUUUUGUCAGGAAUCCGGGAAACGGUGAAAGUUCAUAUAGUUGCUCAAACCUUGCAGAAAGCUUAUUAUCAGGUGGGUCAGAACGACGCUAAAGCUCUUGUGGACGACUUGACAAAUGUAUUCCUGGUUGAACAGACUAUGACUGAUACAUUUGAGCUCUCCGCUAAGGAAAUAGCCAAUAGUGUGAUAAAAGGAAUAAAAAAUGGAUUUAAAAAAAAGUAUACAAAUAGCAGCAAUUUCAUUUCCAUGCUAGCUUUAGUACCGGAUGUAUUUGAUAACUCUUUACAAAUUGUCGAAAUACUUUCCCAAACUAAUAAACUGUUGGAUUACAUUAAUGCGGAGAUGGUACUGAAGCUCUCAAAAAUUGAGCUUAAAACGCCAGCAAAAGAAACACAAGUAAAUCUACUAAACGGAAAAGAUUUUGAGCGCUUUCAAACGGAAGUGAUCGGUCAAUGGGAAAAUAUAUUAAAUAAGCACGUUGGAAAAUUGAUCGCACAACAUGUUGUGCAGCCAGUGCUUAAAUUCGGCGUGCAAUUGGCCUUGUCAUAUGUCGCCGAAGGUUUAAUGCAUAUAAGAGACAGCCCAAACACUACCCUGGACAGACAUGUUGACAAACUAAAGAACAAGUAUGAGAAGAAAAUCACUCGACCUGAUAUGACGGACGAUACGAAGCGUCAGCUUAUAGACCAGUAUCAUGGGCGGUUGCUGAAAAUGCUGCACAAAACUCGUAGUCCAUCUCUGUUGGGCACUAUCAUCCGGGAGAACGUUCCAAUGGAUUUGAAGUGCGUCGGGGCCUGUACUAACAUAGUACAUAGAAUGUUACAGGAACAAAAUUCUAAUAUCACGGGUCUUACCAUAACUGUGCGUGGAAAAAAGGGAAUAGAGCAAUCGUUUACUUCUGGUAAGAAUGGUCGCAAAGUAUAUCUGGAACUGUUAGAAAACCAUUUUACUGUGUCACAGGUGAAAGGUUCAAACAUUGACACGACUGAGAACAAUAGUCUGUAUGGAGCGCUAACGAUUGCUCUACCGACUUUGCAAUCGAUAGAGCCAACCGUAUUCCGAUCUAAGUUAAGCAAAUACAUUGAAAAUAACAAAAGCCUCCAUCAUCUCAUUCAGCAGAGCUUACAACACGCUCCGUUAAAACAAGGGGUGAUUGUAAGUGCUAAAAUUAAGAAGGUAGACUAAGAACGACCAAGCCACAUUACGACGACGUUCUCUUUUGUGAGUAGGCGAACGAGAGAGAGAGAUGUAGAGAGAGAUACAAAGAGAGAGAGAGAGAGAGAGAGAAAGAGAGAGAGAUGGAUACUAAGAGCAUAAAGCAUUUUAACGACAAAUCGAUCUUAAACCAAGUAGAGAUCAUCAUUUUUGUUGUAUUAAAAAGGUAAAACAGUUUAUUAGUUUUGAAAUUAAAAUGAUGUAAAAAACCAUGUACUAUUGUUUAUCAACUGCUUAGUCUGUUAUCAUUGUAACGUAGAAAAACGUUAAACACCUAAUUCGUUAAACAUAUAAGUUAAAAAAAACUGGUCAACGUUUAGAUAUCAUUGCAUUUAUUCGUUGGAUAGCAAAAUCUAGAGAAUCGAAUAUCGUUCGGUUUUAAUUUUCGCGGAACGUAAGGUUGGCAGCAAAAACUACCGUAGAAUGUGUACAAAUAGUAAUUUAUAACGCAUUUUGGUCCAGAUGAUCGUAUUGGAAGUCAGUUACCUACAGAACGCAGCUAAGCGCACAAGGAUCGAGAGAUUAUCGAUUGACAUUGGAACCAGAAUCUUGCAGAUAAUCAUAGUUGUUCAGUCAGAACCGUUAUUGCACAAAUUCUACUUACUUACGCUGAUCAUUACUUCUAAAGAUAGUAACUGGACGAUGAACUAUUUUUAUUUCCGCACCAUAACAACAAGAAGUUUCUUUCUACGUCAAUAAUAACGUUCUGAUCAGUUAGCAACGCCUCGUUAUCUCACUGUUUUUAGAUAUACUUGUCUGCUUCGUGAUAAUUCUUAAGAAACAGGGACGAAGUAAAAUUUUAUUUUUGGCAUAAAAAAGGUCAUAGACUCAGUAAAUGUUUAGAAUUAAGAUUAGUAUGGGAUUAUAUAACACCGUUAAAAUGUAAACAUAUGUUGUCAUAUGAAGUCUCGUCACAAAAAGUCAUUUGCAAAACUCAAAAAAGUCAUUUGCAUAAAAAUUCAAGAUUUUUAAUGUAUGCGUCAUUCGCCAAACAUAUGAAUGGAUUAUGGUUUUAUUUUUAAAUAAUUUUAAAUAUCAAGAAACCAUCGAGCAUGUUAAACGGUGUACCAGACUCAGAUAAAAUAUUUGAUAACUGUAAAGUUUUUUUUUUAUUUAUGAAAAGAGAGGGUUUGCAAAAAACACACUCAUACAAACACAAUAGGACAUUUUGAAAAGGUGUAAAAAGUCUAAACAUCAUAUAGGAAAUGAUUACCUCUGGGUUCUAAUUGUAUGUAACAAGCUUAUAUUGUAUGCUCGUUUUAGUAUUUUUGCUUUAAGAAAUAUGAUAUUUCACCAGAAUAACCUAAAUAAUCAGUGAAAAUGUUUAUGAGUAGAUAAAAUAAUUUUGAAGAUGUAAGCAAACUUUAGGAUUUAAAGAGAUGUAAUACCAUGUAAUUUAAAAACUAUUCCUUCAAACGCUCAGUGGGUGUUGGAUUCGCCUUUUUGCAUGGAGACUUCUAAGCGAGCCUAAUGAAAUUGAUAAAGUGCCACAAAACUGCCAUGUGAAUGAAUGUUCAGCAUAUACCAUAGCAAUGUUUCAAUGAAACAGCUAGCACUCUCUCUCUUUCUCUUGUUGGGCUGCUCACGAUAGAGCACGACGGUGUGACAUGGCCCGGUCCACAACAAUUCUACAGGAUGCUCGGUCCAUGGCUGCAGCCUCCAAUCCAUGUAGACACCCGAUCUCCGACAGGUCUCGCUAGCAAGAUAGCAAUUACCACAAUUGACUAGAAACAUAAAAACUCUGUAUGGAUAAAUGUCGGCCAUUCCAUCUGCCCUAAUAUGUAUUGAGCUGAUUUUGUUAAUUGUGAUUGUGUUAAAUUAUGUUAAUACAUAAUGGGAUUGGAAUCGGUACUAUCUAUUGGCAACGUGAACGUGAGACCUUCGACCGGUUUCGUUCAGCUCUGCAUUAGGACAAAUUGCCUAGAUGGCAAAGAGCCAUCUCAACACUAAAGUGCAACUAUAGUGUUAUGGGUCUAAGAACAUGUUGUAAAAUAGCCAUCUCAUGGGGCAGCCUGGUCAUCUGAUAGAUAGGAGCAAGUUAGAGUUCCACAACUUCAGAUAAUGGGAAAGUCUCAUCCAGCUCAUCCACCACACCGAUUAUGUUGAUAAGGAUAAGAUAAUGCAGACCUUGUGCUGCAAUCAAAAUUAAAAUGCAAAAUGCAAAAUGCAAUUACCUAAAUGUGAAAAUGUUAUAAGUAAGAUGAUUACUAUUCAGUUAGUAGUAUAGUAGUUGAAUAAUAGAUCACUAGAAAUUAGGACUAGAAGAGCAGAGUUUGUAAUGUCGUAUUUAUAGUUUGAUUGCAGUGUAUACAUUAAAUACAUUUUCCGGAGUAAGUAGGUUGAUUCAAUUGAUUCAAUUUAUGUAUUAAUGUUUGUUUGUUGAUUUCAUUUUCAAAAAACGCCUCCAUAUCAGUUUUAUAAACGUAUUUGUGUACUUAUAUAGCGGUCCCGUGGUGUGCAGUCGUCAGCUCGCACGACUUAACAACAUGCCCGUCGUACGUUCAAACUUAGAGGGGGCCGCCUGGCCCCCCGGUAGCAAUAUCUGGCUAUCAAGCUGCAUGGUACUAAAGUCUCGAAAUCCUAUAUAGGGCUGCAUGUCCCCAUAGGAAGAUAGAAGAAGAAGGCCAAAUAGAAGAAGAAGUACUUGUAUCGUAAACGUACGCUAUUGCCUUUGUCAUUUUUUUUUGCUUAUACCACACUUAGCGGAAUUUGGGGCAAGUGUGCCAUCUUAAGCAUUUCAAGUUAUAACUCAUUAAAACGUGUUUUUCAAAAGCCGAUUUAAAUCUCAUAACCAUUUUACAUCUAUUUCCUUACUUAUAAAUGAGUUUCGCUUGAAAAAAGUGCAAACAAAACAGUUUUUGAAGCGUUUUAAAAAGGGUCCAAAAAGACGUUGUUUUUUGGGCUAUGGGGCAAGAGUGCCACUCGUAUGGGGCAAGACGACCACCUGAUUAAAACAACCGUAUUUCAUUUGAAAUUAUUACGUUUAUACCACUAGUGUAUGUAUUCCUACAUGUCUUGAGUCACCAAUGAACCCCUUUUCAUCACAAACUGUAUCGCAAUAUGGGUUGUUACUGGUCUGUUUUUCCGGAGUAGAAUCCGCUCGUAAAAUAAACGAUCGCCUAUGAAAGAUGGUGGCACACUUGCCCCUAAUAGAGAUGGCUAUUCUGCCCCAAAAGUUGUAACUUUUUUUAAAUUGAAUUUUUCAGUGACAAAAAGAAAGUUUUUUUCAACUAACCCCACAAACAAUUUCACGUUUUCUCAGCUAUACGGUGCUGUAAAUAUUUUCUCGGUUGAUUGUUCGCAUAAUUUUUGAGAACUUAUUUGGUUGGAUUUAAAAAUUAUAAUAUUCUGCUCAAUUUUGAAACUCAAUAUAAAUCAGUUCAAAACAAUGUGAAAUAUCGAUUGGUCUAUAUGAAAUUCGGCUCAGUAUACCUAGUCAUUGGAAAGCAACCAACUGUAUACACAAUUGAUCAUUAAACUAAAGUUUUUAAGGAAAAAUGCUAGGUGGCACUCUUGCCCCGUAUGGCACAAUUGCCCCAAAUUCCGUUACUUACAUAUCUGGCGCUACAACCGCUUUGCGGUCUUGACCUCAGGAAUGUCGGAAACUG